UAGUCAAAGGGAGGGCUGAGGAGUGAUGCUGCAGUGGUUUUACAUGUCCUAUAAAGGCUGCAUCCUUCAGCUACCUCUGGUACAAACAUCUGCACAGCUAUCAGCAAGCUAAAAUCAAACUGAUAGUUUCCUCCAGAGAGCAUGGAUCUUUUCCUUUGUCUCCCUCUGCUGGCCCUGUUCCUCCAGCCGGCCCUGUGUGUGUACAACUGCUCCAAGAUGUAUGAGCGGACACCAGAGAACUCAGAUCUGACAAUUGAAUGCAGCACCACCAUGAUAACCAUAGAGGUCAACCUGUGCACGGCGCUGUGGGCAGGCUUCAACGCCUCCAACCUGGCUCUCAAUGGGAACCACAACAACACCGCCUGCCUGGGCUCCAUCGAUGACAGCGUGGAGCCUCCGAUCAUCCGUUACUACCUGCCUGUAAACAACAGCGUGGACAACUCCUGCCGCCAGUCUGUGCAUAUCGUGGAUGAAAUUCCAGACCCCUCUGGUCCCUUCAGUAGUUUCUCAAGUAUUCAGACAGUUAUCAUCUCAUCGUACAUCGAUACCCCAAAAACAGAUUCAGGGAUCAUCAGCUACUCCACAGAUCUGCAUUAUUACUUCUCCUGCAGCUACCCUCUGGAGUAUCUCAUCAACAACACACAGAUUGUAGCCUCCUCAGUGUCUGUGGCAACCACCAAUAAUAAUGGGAGCUUCAUUGAUACACUAAAAAUGGGUGUCUUUAAUGACACAGACUACAGGUAUCCAUUGACGGUUCCGUCAUCAGGUCUUGAGCUGCGAACCAAAGUCUAUGUGGAGGUGAAGGCUGUUAACCUCACAGGAAAUUUCCAUGUCCUCCUCGAUCACUGCUUUGCGACUCCCAGUCCUUACAACAUGACUCAGACGGAUCAGUACAACUUCUUCACUGGCUGCCAGGUGUCAACAAGGACAAUUAUAACAAGCAACGGCCUUUCCAACGUGGCACGGUUCAACUUUGAGGCCUUCCGCUUUGUUCAGCACAGAAACCAGGAGAAGUCCACCAUCUACCUGCACUGCAUCCUGAGACUGUGUGAGCCCACCAAAUGUCAAGAGCUGCUGAAUGCUUGUAAUGCUAGAAGAAAAAGAUCUCUGACUCCUUUCGGAGAAGAAAGCAGCAACUCUGCCACCGUCUCAGUUGGACCUCUCUACACCGCCGCAACAGAUGUGCCUGUGACUGCUGGCUCUACAGGCGACACUGUAGCAUCAGGAAGUGCUGGUGUGGAUGCAAGCAGCCUAGUGGUGUGGCUCAUGUUAGGGUCGGUUGUUGCUGCCCUGCUUCCUGACACGGUGACUGGUUUGUCUUGAAAAGUCAUCCUUUGGCUGGAGGACUAACGUGGAAACAUCAAAUUUGACCAACUGAUCAAACAGCCUCUACAAAUUAUCACUACUCUAUAUCUUUUAAUCAGAUUGUAUCUUCAGGUUUAUGUUAAAAUGUUUUUUUUUUUUUUUUUGUCUUAACCGCAAGUGAGCAGAUAGUCCAAUCAAAUGUUGUGGGAUCUUAUGUAACUUUUUCUAUUUGCACUCUUGCAUUGCUAUUGUCUUUAAUGAUUACGAAGGAAUAGAAAAGCUGAACUGUGAAAAAUAAAUCUCAAGAUUUUAACCCGCAUGAUCAUUUCCUUUCACAUGCUUGUAAAAUCUCUACUGCCUUGUUGUACAAUAGAAUCUUGCACAAAACAAAAUGACUUUUAUUCAAAUAUAGAUUAUCUUUCUUUAAUAAACAUAUGUGAAAAACAAA